CUUUGUAGUUAACACGCAAGAUUAUCUAGAACCUUGUAGCUACCUCCUUAGAAUUUAAAAGAUAUUUUCCAUAUAAAGAAGAAAUUUAAAAUUCCGAGCUAACAUGCCAUUUUAAACAGUUGGGACAGAACUUUCGAAACUCGGCACACAGGUCAUCAGAAGAAAAGGCAUAAAUGUCGGACGCGGAUACCCUGGUAUGUCAUGUCGACAGAUGAAUGGAGAAGACGCAUGGCAGGACGAAAGUCUAGCUGAGGACGGCUUUGCAACCAUAACGAUAACGGUCAUGUUCGGUUGGGGUAACACCGCCAACGGUGAACUCGGGUUGGGAGGCAUCGAGGAGCAGUAUGUCCUCUCGCCGAGGGAGCUACCCUUCCCUCAUGCCCAAACAGUCAAGUCAAUAUCUUGUGGAAAAGCUCAUACGCUUGUUGUUACUCAAAAUGGGGAGCUAUAUUCUUGCGGAAGCAAUGAUUUUGGGCAGCUGGGCCAUGAUAAGACAAGGACAAAACUUCAGCUAGUUCUCGGAUUAGAAGCAUUUAAAAUCAAAGAUGCCCAGUGCGGUGAAAACCAUUCCUUGGCCCUCAAUUAUUGGGGAGAAAUUUACGCCUGGGGAGACGGCACUCAUGGACAGUUAGGCCAGGCGAUAAAGAAUUUACCAAAGCCGAAGAUAAUAAGGUCAAUCGCUACGAAUUUUGUUGUACAAAUAGCAUCUGGUUACAAUCAUUGUAUGGCCCUUACAAACAAGGGUGAAUUGUACAGUUGGGGGAGCAAUGAAAACGGUCAGCUGGGCCUUGGGUUAAAAGUAAAAUCUGUAAAAGAACCCACUUUGGUUUCCAGCUUAAAUGGACUUCCUAUUGCCCUUAUAGCAUGUGGUGCCAACCACAGUUUUGCCAUUUCAAAAUCAGGAGCUGUUUAUGGAUGGGGUAAAAAUACAUUUGGACAGCUUGGAUUAAAUUCAGAUGUAGAUCACAUUUAUCCUUGUCAGCUUAAAACCCUGAGGUCUAUUAAAGUCAAAUAUAUUUCCUGCGGCGAAGAUUUCAGCGUUUUUCUUACUCAAGAUGGAGGCGUUUUAACUUGCGGAGCUGGACAGUAUGGUCAACUAGGCCACGGUUCCUCCUCGAAUGAAAUCCUUCCGAGGAAAGUUUUAGAAUUGAUGGGCAGCACUGUGACUCAAGUGACUUGUGGAAGGCGCCAUACACUAGCUUAUAUACCGUCGAGAGGAAAAGUGUAUGCUUUUGGCCUUGGUGGUGCCGGACAGUUGGGCACUAAACAACUCAUCAACUCGAACAGUCCACAAGUCGUUCAAGGCCCUUGGUUGAUGCCUGUUGCCAAAUUUAGAGUCAACAAGUUAUUUGCUGGUGGAGAUCACUGCUUGGUCAUUGUUCAGCCAAAUGAUAGUAAAACAAAGCCGAGCGAUUAUCGGGAACUACCACCGGACACACAAAUAUGGAGUAUUACUCCUGAGAAAGUGGCAGAAUGUCAAAAAGUUGGCAAAAAGGCUCAAGUUGACCAAGAACUAAUACAGUAUUUGGAAACUGUUGCUGGAUCAUCUUAUUGCUUAAACGGUUCAUUUCUCAUGCAAAAAGAUCAGCAUUUUUGCUGUACUUCUAAACAUCAUGGAGUCGACAUGGCACUGGUUAAGAGCAUAUACUCAGGAAUUAGUCGAAUUCAGAAUCCCUCCAUUAAAGACAUUUUUGUAGAACAAGUGAGUCAAAUGUUAUCGAGCCUUCCGGAAUCGCCACCCGAUGCAGAGACGCUACGCGUAUAUCUGGCCCUUCCGUACUAUCAUGAAUUUGACAAUGCUAGACACUCGUCAAAACUUCAAGGCCCGUAUGCAAGAGCAUACCUACGUCUUAGAUCGGAAGCAGCUCGUAUAGUAGAGGCUUGGUAUCUCAUGCAACCUGAAGAUUACUUUGAUCGGCUUAUCCAGAUUUAUAAGAAUGUCGUUCUUCUUCUUUUAAGAUCGUCGGAACCAAUCAACAUGCACAAUUUUGAUUUACUGCAAUAUGACCCUGCAAUGGUGCAAUCUUUGGAUAUUCUCGACCGUCUUUCGAGGGUGAACGAAAAGACGAACGGCGGGCCAAAAGUCAAUUACCAAGCAUUUCAUUUGUCUGAAUUAACAGACUCGGUUGAUAUUAGAGUCGAUUAUUUAAUGUGGGCUAUGGAAAAGAGUGGAAAACGAUUUUUCUGUCAUUACCCGUUUCUUUUCGAUGCUCCUGCAAAAAUGCUUCUUCUCCAAACAGAUCAGUCAAUGCAGAUGCAUAUGGCAGUAACAGAAGCGACGCAUAGAGCUGUAGCUAUGUUGUUACUUUCGCCUUCUCCUGUCCAAGUGCAGCCUUUGUUAGAACUGUCCGUAUCCAGAGAAAAUUUAAUCCAGGAUACAAUUAGAGAACUGGGAAACUAUUCAGAAAAAGAUUUUAAGAAACCUUUAAAAGUUACAUUCAUAGGAGAAGACGCUGAAGAUGCCGGAGGCGUUAAAAAAGAAUUUUUUCUAUUGCUACUAAGAGAGGUACUGGAUCCAAAGUACGGUAUGUUUGUAAGUGAUCCGGAGACUAAUGCAAUCUGGUUUAGCGAAGACACUUUUGAAGAUGAAAUUAUGUAUUACUUAGUGGGUUUAAUUUGCGGACUUGCAAUAUACAACUUCACUAUAAUCUACAUGCCAUUUCCUCUUGCUCUUUAUAAGAAGUUACUGCACGAACCAGUGGGAAUUGAGGACUUAAAAGAAUAUUCUCCUUCAUUGGCAAAAGGUCUGAAAAGUCUUCUUGAAUACGAAGGCACUGAUAUAGAAGAAGUUUUCUGUUUAAAAUUUGAAAUAACAAGGGAUGUAUUUGGCCAGCUGAAGUCAUCUGUUCUGAAACCGAAUGGUGGAAACAUAUCCGUCACUCAAGAAAAUAAAAAGGAAUAUGUUGAGCUUUACAUUGAUUACAUUUUAAAUAAAAGCGUCGAGAGGCACUUCAGAGCGUUUCACGAUGCUUUUCAUAAAGUGUGCGGAGGAAGAGUCCUUCAGUUGUUUCACGCUCAAGAACUGAUGGCUGUUGUGAUAGGAAAUGAAGAUUACGAUUGGCACGUAUUGGAGAACACGACAGAAUAUAAAAACGGUUAUUCAAACAGUGACCCGACAAUAAGAAUGUUCUGGGACGUAUUUCAUGCUAUGCCUCUAUCGGAGAAAAAGAAAUUUCUUAUGUUUCUAACUGGUACCGACAGAAUACCAAUCCUCGGCAUGAAAGCGAUUAAGAUUAAAAUUCAGCCGACUUCCGACGACAAAUUCCUGCCUGUGGCUCAUACUUGCUUCAACCUUCUGGACUUGCCAAGAUAUAAAACAAAAGAAAAGCUUAAAUACAAACUGUUGCAAGCCAUUCAACAAACUCAAGGAUUUUCACUUGUUUAAAUUUCACAAUACAUUACACAUUAAGUGCCUUACACAUGACAAAUUUGUGUUAAGCCUUAUUAAUUUUUUCUUAUUUAAACAUUAAUUAAAGUCUAAAUUAGUUAAAUAAAAAAGAAGGUGUUUUGUAAAUAAUUAAGUUUAAGGGUUGUCUCUUUCAGGCAUGAUCAAAUAUUCAUUUAACAAUAGGGUCCACUAAGUUGUAAAAACAUUUUCUUUAGAGGUUGUAAAUACAUAAAAAGUUAAAAAGGACAAAAAAUAUCUAAACUGUAAAAAAAAAACUUUGUUUAAAAAAGAAAGAGUUUCCUCCUGUUAUAAUUUAAUCUUGACUUUCAUAUUUAUUUGAGAUAAUAAUUUUUAAUUAUAGGAAAAACUUGUGUGAUAAACAUCAUAGAAAAAAUUUCACAAACCAGAAUUGUUGCCGUAAAAAAACGUUUAAUUUUUGCAUUGUAAUUUUAAGUAGGCAAUUCCUGUGAUGUUUAUUUUAUUAGAUACUUUCGUUUUGUUUUAUUUUUAUCUGUUUCUUUGUUGAUCAACUGGUUAUUGGUAUGCAAUUAAAAUAAUAAUAAUAUGGUUUUAAUGCUAAACAAAUUGUGUGUUUAGACACAUAAACACAUGUAGGUAGUAGUAAAACUAAUAGUAACUCAGUUUUAAAGAGGUCAGUUAAUAUAUUUUUCUUUAUUAAAUUUUAGCAAACAAAUAUUAAAACUAAGUAUAUAUAGUCAUAUAAACCAAAUAUGCCUUUUGAAACUGCUUUGGAUUAAAAUAUCUAGUUUAAUUUAGCAUACCAGUCAUCAGGUAAUUUGUAGUCUAUUAAUAAUUUGUUAUUGAAGUUAAAUUAAAGUGGUAUGAUUAGCAGUUGGACUAUUAAAUAAUCGUUAUAAAAUUGUUAUAUUUGGCUUGUAUAAUCACUAUUUUUUUAAACUGUUUUUGCAAAGUAUGUUCCUAAAAAUAGUUAUUAUAUUUUUCCAUUAGCGGCCAACAGUCAUUGUUUAAUUUUCUAAAGACAGUGUUCAGAUAAACCUGACCAGUUUGGAAUUAAUUAAAUAUUAAUAAACU